UCCCGAGCUCAGUACUUCUUCUCUCCCCUCGCCGGCCACCUCGGCCUCACCGUGUUCGACUACAGCACCUCAUCGUUCUUCAUUGACUGCAACAACGCUGGAGCUGAUUUCAUCCACGCAAUCGUCGACAAUGUCACCUUCAGCGAUGUCCUCGAUCCGAUACACGUGCCUCGGAUUGUCCACUCUUUCUUCCCCCUCAUCAAUGGACUUCCUAACUACGAAGGUAUCUCCAAACCCUUGCUUGCGGUUCAAGUAACCAAGCUCGUCGACGGCUUCUUCAUCGGUUGUACCAUGAACCACGCAGUCGUCGACGGUUUAUCCUUUUGGCAUUUCUUCAAUUCCUGGUCGGCAAUUUCCCGUGGUUCAAGCAGCAUUUUGCAACCCUCGGUUUACGAGCGUUGGUUUCCCACCGGCGUUGGUCGCCCUAUCCGCAUCCCUUUCACCUUGAAGGAAAUGGAGGACGCCUACUUCCCACGAAUCCCACCGUCGUUGAAAGAGAGGGUUUUCCAUUUCACGAAAGCGAAAAUCGCAGCACAGAAAGCCAAAGCCAAUCCGGAGGCGGGCACCAGUACUAUCUCCUCCCUCCAGGCACUAUUGGCUCAUCUAUGGGUGUCUGUGGUUCAAUGCCGAUCGAUUCCCUCUGACCAGGUGGUGACGUACGCGCUUCAAAUAAGUGCAAGGGGGAGGUUGAAAGAUCCCUCACUACCAGAAGGGUAUUUCGGGAACAAGGCUCAUCCGACGACUAUCGCCAUCACGGCGGGUGAGUUGCUCGAGAAGGGAGUUGGUUGGGCAGCUUUGGAAAUGAACAAGGCAAUCGCAUUGCAAACAAGCGACCAAGUGAGGAAUUUCUGGAAGUGUUGGCUGGAAAACCCGAAGCUGCCGAAAUGGGGUGCUUUCCCGAAGAAUUGUUUGGUCACCAGUAGUUCCCCGCGGUUCGACAUGUACGGGAAUGACUUCGGAUGGGGGAAACCGGUGGCGGUGCGGAGUGGCUCCGCUAAAAAGAUUGAUGGGAUGAGGACGCUUUUUCCGGGGGCGGAGGUAGGGAGUAUCGACGUUGAAGUUUGCUUGGCUCCUGAGAAGUUGGUUUCAAUGGGGGAGGAUGUAUAAAGAGUUUAUGGUGGCUGUUACUACCAUUUGAUCCGGUUUCUUUUCACUAU